AACACUGUCGCCACGCCACGUGCCACGCCACGCGGCCAACAAAAUAAAAUGGACAAUAAAAUUGAGGAUUGAGUGAUUGAGCUUUGAGUUGUUUCUUGUUGUUAAUGUCAUUCUUGUUUCCUUGAUAGAACUCGUGAUUUGAAGUGAUUUCCACUUUUUGGGUGUAAAAUUGGAAUAGUACAUACAUAAAAUCAAGUGUAUCAACAAUGGAAGUCAAAGAAGAAAUUACCGAGGAAACGUUUAAAAUAGAAAUAGAGUAUAAUGAUUUGGAUGAUGCUAUUUUGGAUGGCUAUGGCUUUAAAUGUGAAGUUCAGGAGUCUAGUAGGGAAAGUACUCGUGGUACAUAUGAUUCUUUAGACUUUGAAACAAAACCAUUUGAAGAAAACCAAAAAUCUGAAAAAGGUCAUCUACAAGAUGAAAGCAAAAUGGAAAUUGAGGAGAAACUCAUUAAAGAUUCAUCUCACGACGAAAAUGACACGAGUCGACACACGGAAGGAAAAACUUUAAAUAAACCUAUGACAGUUGUGACUGGAAAAAGACCUUAUAAAUGUGAAAUUUGUUUUAAGCAGUUUUCUCAUGCAGUUCAUUUGAAAAGACAUUUGAAUGUGGAUGUUGGGGAAAAACCUCAUAAGUGUGAAAUUUGUUUUAAACAGUUUAGUGAAGCAGGUACUUUAAAAAGACAUUUGAGAGUGCACACUGGGGAAAAACCUUACAAGUGCGAGAUUUGUUUUAAGCAGUUUUCUUAUAGAUUUUAUUUGAAAAAUCAUUUAAGAACACACACUGGAGAAAAACCUUACAAGUGUGAGAUUUGCUUUAAACAGUUUAGUGCAGCAGGUACUUUAGAAGCACAUUUAAGAAGGCACACUGGAGAGAAACCUUAUAAGUGUGAAAUUUGUUUUAAGCAGUUUGCUCAAGCAUUUGGUUUGAAAAGUCAUUUGAGAGUGCACACUGGGGAAAAACCUUACAAGUGCGAGAUUUGUUUUAACCAAUUUACCACAGCAAGUUAUUUGAAAAGUCAUUUAAGAACUCACACUGGAGAAAAGCCUUACAAGUGUGAGAUUUGUUUUAAUCAGUUUAACCAAAAAAGUACUUUAAGAAUACAUUUGAGACAGCACACUGGAGAAAAACCAUACAAGUGCGAAACUUGUUUGAAGCAAUUCAGAGAACUAGGCACUUUCAGAAAGCAUUUAAAAACACACACUGGAGAGAAACUUUACCAGUGUAAAAUUUGUUUUAAGUCGUUUUCUCGAACAGAUAGUUUGAAAUCACAUUUGAGUGUGCACACUGAGGAAAGGGAAAAACAUUAUAAGUGUGAAAUUUGUUUUAAGCAGUUUAUUUAUGCAAAUAGUUUGAAAACACAUUUGAGAGUGCACGGUGGGGAAAAACCUCACAAGUGCGAGAUUUGUUUUAAGCAAUUUAGAGAAGCAGGUACUUUGAAAAGUCAUUUAAAAAUUCACACUGGAGAAAAACCUUACAAGUGUGAGAUCUGUUUUAGGCGAUUUGGUGAUGCAGCUAGUCUGAAAAGACAUUUGAGAGUACACACUGGAGAACAACCUCACAGGUGUGAAAUUUGUUUUAAACAAUUUAGUCAUAAAAGUUCCUUGAAAACACAUUUGCGAGUGCACACUGGGGAAAAACCUUACAAGUGUGAGAUUUGUUUUAAGCAGUUUUCUAAUUUGAAUAGUCAUUUAAGAACGCACACUAGAGAAAAACCGUACAAGUGUGAGAUUUGUCUUAGGCAGUUUAGUCAAGCCAGUAGUUUGAAAAGACAUUUAAGACAGCACACUGGGGAAAAACCUCACAUGUGUGAAAUUUGUUUUAUGCAAUUUAAUCUUAAAACUUCCUUGAAAACUCAUUUGCAAGUGCACACUGGAGAAAAGCCUUACAAGUGUAAUAUUUGUUUUAAGCAAUUUACUGCAGCAAGUUAUUUGAAAAAACAUUUAAGAGUACACACUGGAGAGAAACCAUAGAAGUGUGAAACUUGUUUUAAGCAGUUUAUUUAUGCAAGUUCUUUGAAAAGACAUUUGAAUGUGCACGCUGGGGAAAACGUGUAAAAUUUGUCUUAAGCAAUUUUCUCACAAAUGUUUUUUGAAAAUAUGUUAUGAGAGUACCUUCAUUUAUUUAUUUAUCAGCUUAGCAGGCCUUGUAGGCAUAGGAUUAAAAUGUGUACUUUCUAAUUACAUUUUGUUUUAAUCUUAAAA